GCUUUGCGCGCCUGCGCGUUCACCAUCAUGGCAGACGAGCUGACGCAGGAGGUGCAGUCAACAGCUGCAGAAAUGAAGAAUUUACCGAACGGAGAUUCUCACCCACCGAAAGAAGACGCGGAUCCGGUUGACGAAAGCGGGAAGAAGAAGAAGAAAAAGAAGAAGAAGACGAAAGCAGGAGCCACAGGAAACCAUGAGGAUGACGGAGAGAAUGACAUCACCAAAGUGACAAAACAAAUGCAGCAGCAAACUAUAGAAGACCAAGAGAAGGAAGAUGAAGCUGAGGAUGAUGGUGAGGAAGGAGACUCUUCUGGAAAGAAAAAGAAGAAGAAGAACAAGAAAAAGAAAGGCCCCAAAGCUCAAACGGAUCCUCCAUCCAUCCCUAUCUGUGAGCUUUAUCCUGGUGGAGUUUAUCCCAAGGGCCAAGAAUGUGAUUAUCCACCUGUACAAGAUGGACGCAGCGCUGUGUGGCGGACCAGCAGUGAGGAGAGAAAGUUUUUGGAUCAGGCUAAUGAAGACAUGUGGAAUGACUUCAGACAGGCUGCGGAGGCUCACCGGCAGGUCAGGAAAUACGUCAUGAGCUGGAUCAAACCAGGCAUGACCAUGAUCGAAAUCUGCGAGAAGCUUGAGGAUUGUUCCAGAAAAUUAAUCAAGGAAAACGGUCUAAACGCCGGUUUGGCUUUUCCGACCGGCUGCUCGCUGAACAACUGUGCUGCUCACUACACGCCUAACGCAGGAGAUCCUACCGUCCUUCAGUAUGAUGACGUCUGCAAGAUCGACUUCGGCACGCACAUUAACGGUCGAAUCAUCGACUGCGCCUUUACCGUCACCUUUAACCCAAAGUACGAUAAACUGCUGGAAGCCGUUAAAGAUGCAACAAAUACCGGAAUUAAGUGUGCCGGGAUUGACGUUCGUUUAUGUGACAUUGGAGAAUCUAUUCAGGAGGUUAUGGAGUCUUAUGAAGUGGAGCUUGAUGGAAAAACGUAUCAAGUUAAACCCAUUAGAAAUCUCAACGGCCACUCUAUCGGCCAGUACAGAAUACACGCGGGCAAGACGGUGCCCAUUGUGAAAGGAGGUGAAGCCACCAGAAUGGAGGAGGGUGAGGUCUACGCCAUCGAGACAUUCGGUAGCACUGGGAAAGGAAUGGUUCAUGACGACAUGGAGUGUUCACAUUACAUGAAAAACUUUGAAGUCGGUCACGUGCCAAUAAGACUUCCUAGAGCCAAACAUUUGCUGAAUGUUGUGAACGAGAACUUCGGCACGCUCGCCUUCUGCCGCCGCUGGCUGGACCGCCGUGGCGAGACCAAGUAUUUAAUGGCACUGAAGAACCUCUGUGACCUGGGCAUCAUCGACCCGUACCCACCUCUGUGCGACACCAAAGGAUGCUACACGGCCCAGUUUGAACACACCAUCCUGUUGAGACCCAGCUGUAAAGAGGUGGUGAGCCGGGGCGACGAUUACUAGACAUCUGCUUCACCAGUUUUUAAGUCUCUCUUAUGCUUUCUUGUCACACGAGUAUUUGCUGGGUAAAGAUCUGAAAAAGCUGUGCCUUCUUAUUUUUAACAUGCUAGUAUUUGAUUGUAUAAAAGAUGGUUCUGAUGGUGAUGAAGAUGUCCACUUGUUUAGGCACAGAUGUGUGAAGUGCUCGACGGCCAUUUUGUAAACAUCUGGUGCACUUUUGAUUGAUAUGAUCUUGGGGAAAUGUCAACCAUUGUAUGGAUUAGGUAUUUCAGGUCUUUGCGUGUCUUUUUGUAUACAGAAAGCUUGUUCAGUCUUGUUCAAGGAGUUAUGAUAAUUUUUUUUUUUUUUUAAUCAAACGCUGUUUCUGACUUUCAGUUUCGAUCACAUGUUUAGACUGAAAUAGACUGAAGUAAAUAUUUCUUAACACAAACAUGGACUUUAUCGUAACACAGACCCGAUAAUAAACAAGUAAUCGUUCAAACACAUGCUUUACUCAUUCUGAUAAGAGCGGGCACUGAUGAUGAUGAUGGUGAUGAUGUAUAAACAUCUGUGUUUUGGCUAGCUUGGUUUCAGGUAAAGCCUAUUUGAGAUCAUAUUUCUCAGAAUGAAGCACAAUGUAGUGUUUUAUUUUGAAGCUUAAAUAAAAUUUAUAAGAAAA